UUCAAGAAAAGGAUCAAAGGCCGCGGGAGAAGAGGAACAUGAGAAGAUAUGUAUUCUCCUGAAUAGGACACACUAGAGACUAGCCAGAGUCUUCGGUAAGACCCCUCCACCUACAAGUUGCAAGAUUUAUAUGUUCAUGAAUUGCAAUUUCAACAGCAACCUUUUGGAGAACGAAGCUGGAAGGAUAAGUUUUCCAUGGGCCAGGCCAUGCGAUGGAUGCCAUGCAGCACCAAGCGCAGUAUACUGCUGUGCUGAUGCUGCAUAUCUCUGUGCAUCUUGUGACACACAGGUUCAUUCUGCUAACCGUGUGGCAUCACGCCAUGAGCGUGUGCAUGUCUGCGAAACCUGUGAGAGUGCACCAGCGGUGCUGGCAUGCCAUGCAGAUGCAGCAGCACUAUGUACCGCCUGUGAUGCACAGGUGCACUCUGCCAACCCAAUUGCUCAGAGGCACCAACGAGUGCCUGUGCUGCCACUCCCAGCUGUUGCCAUUCCAGCUGCCUCUGGCUUCGCGGAGGCAGAAGCUUCUGUCACUGCCCAUGGCGAUAAGGAAGAGGGAGAGGAAGUGGACUCUUGGCGCCUCAGAAGAAAUUCUGAUGACAACAAUUGUGCCAACAAGAUAGAUCGAUACUACAACCUUGUCGGAUACAAUAUGUAUUACAACAACAUCACUUGUGACCCAAGACCAGAAGAACAAUACAGAAUGCAAGAACAGCAUGUGCAGAACAGGUACAUCGAGAAGCAAGGGUGUGAGUGUGUAGUACCUCCACAAGUCGUCAUGGCAAGUGAGCAGCAAGAGAGCGAUUAUGGAACUAGAGGAGCAGGGCAGGCUGCCUCCGUUACCGCUAUCACCAGUACCUACACAGCUUCCAUCAGCAAUGACAUAUCUUUCUCAUCAAUGGAGGUGGGUAUAAUACCAGACAACACCAGACCAGAUAUCUCAAACAGCAACAUCCUGACUGGCAGUGAAGCCAUGGAGCUCUCAGGCCAUUCACUUCAGAUGCCAGUGCACUUCAGCUCCAUGGACAGAGAGGCCAGGGUCCUCAGGUACAAGGAGAAGAAGCAGACAAGGAAGUUUCAGAAAACCAUAAGGUAUGCAACAAGGAAAGCUUAUGCAGAAGCACGACCACGGAUCAAGGGUCGAUUCGCUAAAAGAUCAGAUAUAGAGCAUGAGGAGGACCACAUGCUGUCACCACCAGCCCUACCAGAUACUAGUAGCUAUAAUACUGUUCCAUGGUUCUGAUGUAAUGAGAUAACAAAAAAUGUGUUGACAGACACAUGGAAUGAUGGACACCGUAAUCAUAUGGUUCAAUGCAUUGUGCAAGUGUCCAAAAUCUCUUGUAAAUCAUUUAAGUUUGCUCUGAGACCAUAUGAAGACAAAUCAUUGUGUGGUCCAACGUAAAUGUGAA